UAAUCACACACAUAUCAUCUUGUGCAAAGAUCGAUCAACUAGCGAUGGAGUGCUACUACUCUUCGAAGCUAGCCUGGUCCCAGCUGGUCCUCGCCUUGGCCAUGGCAGCCGCCAUCACCUCGCCGUGCGCUGCCCAGAACGCCCCGGCGGACUUCGUGAGCCUCCACAACUCUUUGCGUGCGCUUGUCGAAGUCGGGCCGGUGACAUGGGACACCACGGUGGCGAAUUACGCGCUGAACUAUGCGAACCAGCGCAAAGCCGACUGCAACCUGGUGCACUCCGGCGGGACGUACGGGGAGAACAUCUUCUGGGGCUCCGCCGGCGGCACCUGGACGGCGUCGAGCGCCGUCACCAUGUGGACCGACGAGAAGCAGUUCUACGACUACGCCACCAACACCUGCGCGACCAACAAGGUGUGCGGCCACUACACGCAGGUGGUGUGGAGGUCCUCCACGUCCAUCGGCUGCGCCCGCGUCGUCUGCGACAGCAACCGCGGCGUCUUCAUCAUCUGCAACUACAGCCCGCGGGGCAACAUCGCCGGACAGAAACCCUACUAGCUACAUAUAUAUAAUGGGGGUAACGCAUGCUCAUGAACCUAUGAUUCAUGCAUGUACGUACUUAUGCCCCAUGGAAUAAGCUCUGAUCUAUUAUUGUUCUUAUAUAAUCUGAUAAACUCUAUACAAUCCAGAUCUAUUCCAAAGUC